UGUGUCGAAAUUGGCAUUUAUAUUAUAAUGUGACUACUCACUCGAUUUGGUCCCCUGUGUCGAUAUUGCUCCCUAUUUGACCUUACUUUGUUUUUUGGGGGGAUUGGUUAGAAACAAGACAAGAAGAUCCAUUAGAGAUUCUUGAAGCAUUUGUCAAGUGUCAGAUAGCUGGCAUAAGUGAUGGUAGCCUGAUACCAUACCAGAUAAAGGUUUUUACCAUUUAUUUUGACAAGGAAAGCCGGACCAGUCCGAGAAGUUUUCUCCAACUGGUCAGGAUGAGGAGAAAUUAGGGAGAAGUCGAUCCAGUGAGUCAAGCAUAAAGACAGUAACCAUGUCUGAUGAGAUUAGGGGAUCACAGGAAUUGCCGAGGUCUGAUUCAGCUGACAGCCCACGUGACAGUAAUCACAGGUCAAGAUUGUCCUCCCCUCGUCCAGACAGUGGGAGAGAAGAUGGUGCUCGUCGAUUAGUCAAUGACCAGCAGCAAAGAGCUUCUUUGCAUGGGAACCUUUCAGCCGGUCUGCGAUCUCAGUCACCAUCCAGUAUUCGCUCAGUGUCACCACACCCAGCCCAGAGUCCUGCCCGUGCGUUAUCCCCAAGUCCUAGCAGAUCAAGAUCGGGAGAAGCUCGCAAUCUCUAUACAGGUAUUCAUCUGUCCCCUGGCCCCAGUCAGGAGUGUAUGAAUCUAGAUAUCAAUAGAUCCCGCUCACCACACCCUAUGGAAGACCGUGAGCCUUACUCCUCUGGUUAUGAGGAGGACCAUUCCGAGAUCUCAUCCCAGCAUGGCAGGAAUACACCCUCAUACAGGUCAAAAUCCCCAUUUCAUAAUCCCGCAUCUCAGUUGAGAUACUCACAUGAGUCAAAAAUGAACGGUAGUUCGCCUUCACCUUCUCCUAGACCGGACUCUGAAAGGGGGUAUGGUCGUGCUACCGCGACACCUUCUCCUGCCCUCAGGGGCACUCCAGCGCAGGACUUCAGAUCAUUCUUAAUAGAGAAGGAGGUGCUGGAGAGUCAAAUGAGAAAGAUGCAGGUGGAAAUGUCCAGCCUCCAGUCGGAGAACAAACUCAUGAGGGAAAGGUACAACCGGUCACAAGCCCGCGUGACAGAACUCGAGUCUCAGGUAGCCGAUAGCCAGAAAGAGCAUGAUAGACUGGUUGAAGAAUUCAACAAUGAAAUAGCCGCGUUGAAACGGAAGACUCGGAGUGAGCAGGACGUGGAGAGACAGGAAUCAAAUGGAAAGAUAUCGUCCCUCACGAAGGAGUGUGAAAUGCACAAAGCUGAGAACUCAUCGCUAGAGAAACAGCUUGACUUGAGCAGGAAAUCUGGUGCUAGUAAUACCAAGGUGCAGAUGGACAAGAUAAAGACGGUCGAAAUUCUGCGAGCAGAGCUUGCAGCACACAAGGAUCAGUUGGCCAAAAUCGAGAAUCUGUACCAAGAGUCCGAGAGGCAGCGUCAUGACGAGGCUGAGAGGCGCAAAGAGGCAGCUCAACACAUCGUCCGCCUGACGGAGAUGAAGAACAUGCUUCAGCAGCAGGUGGAGAGUGGCAGUGCGGGCACUGUCACUGAAAAACAGGAAGAGCAAUUCAAUGCCUAUGCUGUCAAGUCACUGGAGAAGCGGUUGAAAGUCACAGAAGAUCGCCUCCAAUCAGAAAGAUCAGACAGAGCUGGAAAACUCUCAGAAGUUGAAGAAAAAUUAAUCAACGAUAAUGCAAAGUUACAGGUUGCUGAGAAGGAACUCAGACGAAAAUGGGAGCGUGAGAAGAACCGGACGAAAAACUUUGAGCAGCGGGUCCGAGACUUGAGAGAGGAAAAUGAGGCCAUGUCGACUGCAUUAUCAAACAAUAUCCCCACGUGCUACCAAGCGUUAAACGAAGAUGGGGUCAUUAGGAGGGGGAACGUGCCCAUCAAAGUCCCAAGUUACAAAAAGAACUCUGAGGAAUACAAACAGUUAAUACGUCACAUUGAAAAGGAGUUGGGCCUACGACUGGGACAGGAGGAAGAAAUAGUUCACACGCUGUGGUAUAAGCGAGAUGAGGCUGUCAAAAUGUUGAAGGAAUGGGAGCUGCAGCUUCAUCAUCUUAAAGUUGAUAAGAACAACAUCGCUUCAAAUCUCCGGAGUUUGGUGCUAGAGAAAACCAAGUAUGACACUCGUGUGCUGAAUUUAGAGGAUGCUCUAGCAGAUGAGAAGAGACACCGAGAGGAAAUGGAGGCAGCAUUAAGGACUCAAGUUGGCAACCUUGUCCAAGAUAAACACAACCACAUUGCCCAGAUUAAGACGUUGGAAGACCGUCUAGCCGGUAUCAUUGCAGAGAAUGAGGCGUUGCGGAUGAACCUUGGGAUGUCUCCCUCCUCAAGUGGUAAAACACCGAGGAGAGACCCUGGGGCAGAAGCCCAAGUGGAGUCUUUGACAGCAGAGCGUGAUGCCUUGUCCGGUCAAGUCCAGCAGCAGAACCGGUCACUCUCCCACUUUGAGGGUGAGGUGCAGACACUGAAAGCACAGCUGGUGUCAAAGACCCAGCAGCUGGAGGAUGCUCAAGAACAAAUCAACAACUCAUCGCCUCGCCUCAGUCAUGAGAUGUCAGAUCUGCACAGGCAGAAAGUGGACAAAUUAAAAGCUGAGAUCCAAGGUCUGCAGGCCGAGGUCAAACACUGGCAGGACAAAUAUAACACUGUCUGUGCCGAGAAGGUGCAGUUUGAGGAACGAGUCGAUCAUUUGAAUAAGCAGAUCGAGUUGAAUCAAUCAAAAUUGGAACGCAGUGCCAAGUCUGUUCAUGCUGCUGAAUCACAGAAACUAGCCUUAGAGAAUGAACUGUCUGAAAAAGAGCUCCAGCUAAUCCAGGUCACUGCCAAAUACCAGGAGUCAGAGAAUGAGCUUCAGAGGACCAAACAGCUAUUUCUGAUGGAACAGGAGACUAGCACUCAGUUGGCCAGUGAGCUUGAUAGCUACCAGGUUCAGCUGGAUCAGAAGGCUGGCAUAAUCCGCCAGCUGAGUGGUACGGAACAUGACAACAGACAUGUGGUGGAGUCACUGCAGCAGAACCUUGAUGCCGCUCAAGUAGACUUGACGGACAGAGCAAUAGAGUUGCAUGAAAGCAAGCAAGACCUUGCCAAGGAGAAGACAGUCAGCGCUCAACUCAAAACAGAGAAACUUGAAGUACAGCAGAAACUGGAGGCUGUAGCAGACGAGCGCGACAUGUACAAGAGAGAGAAAGACAUGUUAGAGUACGAGCUGGAGAAACGCGACUCUGAGGUCCAGAUGGCCACGCGCCAGAUGGAGGAGGAGACGAGAAAGAUCCACAGUGAGAAGGAAGACCAGGUGAAGAAUAUCUCCACGGCGAAUAAGAAGGUCGUUCUGGAGCUGGAGGCGACCAAGAGACAGAAUGAAGCAAAGGAGAGAGAGAUUGGAACACUCAAUGAAAAUGCUGUUCGACUCAAAGAUGAGAUUGAAUCUCAGAGAAAGAAGGUCGCCCUUCUGAAGGAGGAGAACAUUCGAUGUCGGGAGGAUCAGCAGAGGCUCCAAGAGGAGCUCACCACCAGGGUGAAGGAGAACUCUGCCUCCGUUGAAGUCAACCAGCGCCUGGUCAAUGAUAAAACUGCCCUCCAGAUGGAGAAGUAUCAGUUGCAGAAAGAUUUGGAUAAGGAACGUGAGAUUCUCGCUCUAAAGAAGGAAGAAGUGGCUGAGUUGGUUAGAAAGCUGGAGAAGAUCGAUGACCAGCACAGGAGCGUAGAAAAGCAAGUCCACGAGAAAGAGAACCGGAUCGUGGCAUUAGAGACUGAACUCCACCACACAAACAAGUCUCAGAACUACCUCCAGUCCGACCACGGCCAACUGAAGGUUCAGAACGAUCAUUUGGCAGAGGAGGUGAAGAAUCUGUCGAAGACUGCGGCUACUUUAGAGAAACAAUUAGAAACAGAGAAAACUGUGCUGCGUCAAGAGAGGACCAAUGGUGACAAGUUGCGAGAUGAGGUCAAUUUGGAACAACAGCGGGUACAACUCCUUCAGACAGACUACGACUUGGUGCUGAAUAACCUCGAUGCUGAGAGAAGGUCACUGGACAAGGUCAAAAUGGACGAGGAUCAGGAGCAAUGCCGGCUUCUGGAAGGAAAGGCUGCUGCUGAGGAGAGCCGGGCCGAAGCCUUCGGAACUGAGCUAGACACGGUCAAAGCCCAGCUAGUCGUCACGAGAGAAACUGCUGAUCAGCACAAGGAAGACAAGCAAAAUCUUUUUGCAGAACUCCAGGAAAUGUGCCAGAAACUUGAAGACAAGGAAGCCCUGAUCAGCCAUCUGCAGGCCAAGUGUGAUCUCCAGGUCGAGAGAAUCCAGCGCGAAAUGGAGCAGGAGAAACGCAGCAUCCACUGCGACCGAGAAUCGGUCGAGAUGCAUCUCCUGCGGGUGCGAGAAGAGAACGAUGACCUGAAGGAGACCGUGCGGCAGCGUGAGAUUCAGGUCUUAGCAAACGAGAAGGCGAUACAAGAUCUCGAAUGUGAAAUGAAGGCACGACAAGAGCUGGAGGUGAGGCAGCAGCAGCUGCAGUCUGAGCUGCAUGAUUCCAAGAUGCUGAUGGGUCAUAUGAAAACUGAGACGGUAUCUCAGAAGGAGACCAUCAAACAGCUACAGGAAAACAUGGAUAAGCUAAAGGAGCACAAUGCCUCACUGAGAGAGAAGCUUCAUGAGCAGCAAGACCGGCUUCACGGUGAUGUGGCAGAGCUCAAGCAGGUCUAUCAUGAUAAUCAUUCCAAGCUCGAGAAGGAUAAGAACGACUACAAGGACAAACUCAAUAAGACUACUGCCAAUCUGAAAGCUGCUGAAGUUGCGCUGAGCAAUGCUGCCGAGGCCAAAGAACAGCUUGCCAAUAGUAACAAGACAUUGGAAAAGACAGCGGAGAUGCUCAAGACGCAACUUCAUGAGGAGAUCACGAAUCGUAAACUUGCCGAACAGAAGAUUGAGACAGUGAGGCUACAGCUUGAUGACACCAAAAAUAAAUCGACCAUUUUCGAUGACAAGGUCGGCUUCCUUCAAGGUCAGUUGGCCAAGGCCGAGACUGAGUUGGCGAUGACGCGAGAAAAGAUGAAGAAGGUCAUGGAUGACAUGAACGAUCUUGAAGCUACGCUGUUUGCUCAGGAGGCGCGGGCCCAGACCCUGCAGGAACAGGUUCUGGCACUAGAGACCGAGAACAACAGCCUACAUCACCAACUUGAGGCCAAGAAGAUCCAGCAGCAAGGCAAGAAUAGGCGGGCUUCUUUAGAACUCAAGCAGCAACUUGAGAAUUUCGAGAAGGACCGCGCCAAGUAUAACCAGCAGUCGCAGCAGCUGUGCCACGACUUGGAGAAGGCGCGGCAGCAGAUCAGCGACAAGAACAAGGAGAACCUCCGUCUGAACGAGGAACUCCUCCAGACGGAGGAGAAGUAUCGUGACACGAGCGGCCAGUUGAAGCAGGUUCAGGACUCGAAUAAACUCGAAGGUUCUCUCCAGAAUAAACUCAAUGCCAAAGUUCAUGAGUUGGAGACGGAGAAUGCUGCCCUUCGUGCUACCCUAGCGCAGCUAACUAACGGCGACGACAUUGAUACAAGGAGUAUCGUAGAAAAUUAUAAGAUGACGCAUGAGUUGAAUCGCAUGGUGCAAGACUUGAAUGCCCAGUUGAUGGAACGUUUAGAGGCCCAGAGGAACACUGAGAAGGAAGCACAGCAGCGGGAGGAGAAAUAUGCAAAGGACAACAAGUCAAAGCUGUAUGACCUUGAGUCGCAGUUGAACACUGAGAAAGCCAUGCACAUUAUCACCAAGAAUCAGCUGACAGCUGUUGAGGAUGACAAUCAAAAACUCAGGAAUCGACUCAUACAGGCCAAGAAGAACAUGGGUGCUGCUGAGAGAGCCAAGCACAUGUCCAGAAUGGAAGAAAUCAACGAACUCAUAGCACGGUCUCAAUCUCGUGCCCAGGCAAUGUUGGCCACGGGAUGUAUGGAUGAUCAUGCAUUUAGCCCACGGGAUUUCGGGCGCUCGUUGACGCCACAUUCGAAUAUUCAUUCGCCCGUGCCUAAUUCUGACGCUAGUGACUCGUUAAGUCUCAGCGCUGGGUUACUUCAUAUGAAUGCGACAAACAAUAAUUCAGUCUUCCGUCCCAUUUAGAUUUCGCCCAUCAUUAUGUCACACUCUUUACAUUAUUUAUUCAGGCAUUUUCACAUGAAGCCAAAAGACAUUUUUCACUCUGCGGAUUUUUAGACUUUAUUUGGAAUUGUAGAUAUUGUUAAUCUAUUUAUAGCAAAUUUGGGAUAAUAUUUAUUUGAUCAUGUUAAUAAAAUCUUUGUAAUUAUAAUCUGGUGCCCUUUUCGUGAAUGUAAGUGGAGAAAUUUGCAAUGUUGUUGCAAUGGAAAUCUGUCUUGGAUUCCAGGAUCACCACUGAGUAAUGAUGACAUUUGUUGCUACCAUACGUACUAGACAAUAAAAAUGGACAGUAGAAUGUGGGCGUUACAUCAGGGCAACACCUCUGACGUACAGAGAACUUUCAAGCUCUGGCACUGGUUCAUCUUGCACUGUGCACAGGGUCUCUAUCUGAUGCGAUGUCAUUAUUUUGUCUUCCAUGCCACAUGUUUGCCGAUAAUUAAAAGCAAGAGACAGGUGUUAAUAAUAUAUAGUACAUUUCGUUUUUGGCAUUUCACAUGUGCUGUUUUCAUUUCAGAAGUGGCCACUGAGCCCUGGCAGUAGCAAAAAUAGUUAUCAGACGUCUUCAUUGAAAGAUCUGUACCAACGCAGAUGCCUGUAGUCUUCCUUGAACUGUAACUUCUGAUAUUUCGAGGUGUUGUUUCUACUGAAACUUCUUUUAAAUGGGCCAUUAGUCAGUUGAAUUUAAUUUUGCCGUCCUCAAAAACGAACAUUUUUGUUCUGUCUUGUUAAGUAUGUACAACCUUAACUUAUUCUAAUUUAUUCUAAUUUAUUCAUACUUUAUCUUGAAGGGUUUCGUUAAAUUCCUUUCGAAUUUUUGGCAUCUUUCAAAAUCUUAGAUGCCAAUAGGGCUGUUAUAACCACCAGAUGGUUUUAGAUUCUGGUUAAUUUUUGAAAGCACCUUUCGUGUAUAAAUAAGUGGAUGCAAUAGAGGAUGCCAGGACUUAGUUUGAUUGUACAUGUAUAUUGUUUUGUCCUUCUUACUGAGUCACUGUAAACCUAACUUUAACUCGUGGGUACUUGCAUGACCUAUUUUGAAAUUUUGUUUCUAUCAUUGUUACAUUUAAAUAAACUCAGUGUAUACAUUUAACUUCAUUUUAUAAGUUCUAGGUAUAUUACCGACAUUUUAACUUUUUUUCAUACUCAUCUUGCCAAAAUAUUACUAAUCAAAUUCAUAUAUAGUUAGAUAUUCUAUCAAUUUGUAAAAAUGCAUUUUAUACUAUUUGUACAAAGAAAAAAUGAAUGACCACCUAUGUACAUUUUUGUGGCAGUAAACCUGUA